GCAGUUGAAAUCCGGUUGACAACCGUGUAAACUUGGCAACGAGCUCCUACAUCAAGCCCUUAGCGAAAAGGCCCUGAAAUAUCUUGGAGAAAGGGCGACAAAACAAACUUUUCAGGAUGUAUAAGUUAGAUUUACCUAUCGAUUACAAGGAGGCGGCUGCAAUUGAGCGCCGUAAAUUGAUGGAAGAACAGAGAAAAUCUAGAAUAUUCAACUCAAAGACUAGAACAAUCGGGAUCGAUGCUCAAGCCAUAGAGCAACAAAAUUUAGAUAAGAAACAACAGGAGGAAUAUGAAAGAAGUCGGGACAGAUCUUUUGCUGCUGAUGCUGUACGAAAUGAUAAAAUUUCUAUGAUGUUGGAACAAAGACAGAAUCAUGAUGUGAGGGAAUUAAAUAAAGCUGUGAACGAUUUCCGUUCGAUGCACCAACAGCCUGGGAGUAGACGAGAAUUUGAUCUGUACGAUCCUGAUUACCUUAAGAAGGACAAACCUGCCAGGGUCAGUGAUGAUGACCCAAGGUGUGGAAUUUCUAGUCUUCAAAAGUUUGAAGGUGAAGACUUAAACAAUAAGGCUAGAUUGAACUACCAACAAGAACAGCUAAGAGAAUGGUCAACACAACAAAGCCAAGAGAAGGAUCAGGCCAAGAGGAACAUGGAUCAGGCCAACCGUCUGUACGAACUGAAAAUGCGAGAGCUUGACCAGAGGGCAAUGGACCUUGCUAAUUCUGAGGAGGAAUGUCGGCGGGCAAUAAAUAUGGCUGUGAAAGAUUAUAACCAAGCCUUGGACCGAGAACGAUCGGAGAAGGAAAGAUUACAGAAACAGCAGAAUCACGAUGACAACAUGACAGAGAUCGCCAACCACAUCUUUGGGGACGUGCUGACGGAGAAUCCGUCUGUGGCACAGAGCGCGUUUGGACCUCAUCGUGUUAUCACUGACAGGUGGAAGGGCAUGAGUCCUCAACAGUUGGACCACAUCCGUAACCUGCAGGAACUCCAGAGGGCAGAGAAAAAUAGACAUGACCAGGAGGAGGAGCUAAGGAACAAGGAAUGGGAGAGACAACAGGUGGCAAACGCUCGUGCUGCUAUGCUUCUGGAGCGUGAAAUGGACCGCAAGAGGCGUGAACUGGACCGUGAACAAGCAGAUGAGAACCGACGACUUGCUAGCGAGCAGACAUCACACAAGGAUUUCCUGAACAAGGAGGUGUACACCAACCCUCCCACGGCAGCCUACUUCACACAGUUCAACACAACCACUCGAUAGGAGGAACAACAUGUGCUAGGGGGGUGGAUGGGUUUGAAUAGCAUACAGACGUAUAAGGUGAAGGGGGUGGGGAGGGGGAGGUUAGAUUACAGAUGGUGCCAAUAUAUUUCAUGAUUUUGGUAUAUAUAUCUGAAAGAAAAUGAAGAUCCAAUGAUAUCAUUUAGAUUAAGAUCUUGGUUUUUUUCCUGGGGGUAGGGCAAGGGAGGGUUACAAUUUUUAAGGGAGGAAUUAAUUUCGUUACGAACAAAUCCUCACUUUUGAGCAUGCAUCUGUACUUAAAUGUAAUAAGGGUGAGGGAUGGGGUUUUGAGUGAAGGUGAUGGUGGUAAAUUAAGACUGAAUUAUUGAUCCGAUAAUUAGUAUAAAAGCUGUAUAUGCCAUGCAUAGUGUCUGAAAUUGAUUUUGAAUGUGGGUGGGAUCAGGUCGGGUGGGGGGUAGGGAGGUGUAUGGGGCCAGAGGGAUAUGUGACAGUGAAGGAAAAAAAUAUAAUAGCCAUAAUUAUGGAUCAAUUAUUGCUGCCAAGUCCACACUAUGAGUCAGUAUUUGUAGGAACUCAC